CCUAUUUAAAUAAACCCUAGAUUAGGGUUUUACAACUACACCACUUAGUUCAGUAGUUCUAAAUUUUACUCAAUCAAUUUCUUUUGCUUCUUUGAGUGUAAAUUAGUGAACAUGGCCGACAUUUUAGUAAUUCUCGAUUUCGACAAAACAAUUAUCGACGUUGAUAGCGAUUACUGGAUUGUCGACGAAUUUGGCGUUACGAAUUUGUUCGAUGAACUUCUGCCCGCUAUGACAUUGAACUCUGUCAUGACCAGGGUGAUGGACAGCCUUCACAGGCAAGGAAUCACGAUCUAUCAGAUUGCUGAAGUGUUGAAGCGUAUUCCGAUCCAUCCACGGAUCGUUAAUGCGCUUAAAAUGGCGCAUGCUUCGGGUUGUGAGUUGCGGAUUAUUAGCGAUGCUAACACAUUCUUUAUCGAUACAGUGUUGGAACAUGUUGGUUUAAGGGAUUGCUUCUCUGAGAUUAACACAAACCCUGGAUUUCUUGAUGAACAAGGCAGGUUGAACAUCGCUCCAUUCCAUGAUCAUGGGUGCUGCCAUCUCUGCCCUGCCAAUAUGUGUAAGGGUCUUAUCGUUGAGAGAAUCAAAGCUUCAAUGGAAGGAAAGAAGAAGAGAAUUAUAUAUCUUGGCGAUGGGGAGGGUGAUUACUGUCCGAGCAUGAAGCUUACUAAGGGCGAUUUUGUGAUGCCGAGGAAGAACUUCCCUGUCUGGGAUUUAAUCUGUCAGAAUCCUGCGAUAAUUCGCUCAGAAAUUCAUGAGUGGAUAGAUGGGGACGAGUUUGAAUGUGUUCUACUCGAGAUUAUUGGUGCAAUUUCAGUACAAGGGAUCAUUGGUGAUUUCAGGUUGCUGCCUUCACUAGUUGCUGCCAGUGAGGCCUUGCCUAAUAAGGCUCUAUCUGUUACAUAAAUUUGUAAUUCAACACUACUAACAGUGCUUUGAAAUAGUUUUCUUGUUUAUUCUUUGAAGUUUGUUAGUCAAAAUAAGGUCUGAUUUAGUGCCAUUAAUCUCUCUAGUUAGUUGAAUUUUUUUAGUAGUAAUGAGUUCCAUUGUAAGCCUAUAAAUGGGCACUUUCAUAAUUCAAUAACAUACAGAAAACAUUU